AUGAACCACUUCAGCCUCGACGAAAGGGACUUGCUUAAUGGCACGCAGCGCCUGCAACAGGCCCAGAUCCCGCAAAUCAGCACCACAACAGCAAAUUGCGCCACCGCAAGUUCCGUUCCUAACGUCCAUUCCCAUGCCGACGUCCACUACUUUGGCACGCACACGCUACCAGUAUCGUCACCUGGGCUAGCACUACAACAGGCACCUCACGUCACGACCGUCAAUACCAGUAUUAGUUUCUACCCGAACAUACAGAGCAGACCUCCGGUUCAUGGCCACCAAUACUCCCCCAACGGAUUAAGCUUGGAUAUCUUUCCGACGAGCCCGUCCGAGGCCGCAGAGGUGGCCGCCAAGGAGGAGCGACGGCGACGAAACACCGCUGCGAGUGCACGCUUUCGGCAGAAGAAAAAGCAAAAGGAAGAGGCCUUGGAGACCAGGAUGGCGAAUGUGCAGGGACGGAGCGCCGAGCUUGAGGAACGGGUUCAUCAGUUGGAAAUGGAGAACAGGUGGCUCAAGGAAUUGAUCACGGAGAAGAACAGGAAGCCUGCCAGCGACGACGGGGACCAUUCGCAUGACGAACUGGAAGAUGACUAA